GGUUCAUCAUGGCGGCAUCCAUGGCUUCACAGGCUGUAGUGAGAGGACUACGAGGAGCAAGUGCCAGACAUCUGUUUCUCAAGAGAAACGAGUUGGCCAGAGUGAGCUCCAGGAGAUGGCUGAACCUGCAAGAGUACCAGAGCAAGAAACUGAUGCAGGAGAGCGGCGUGACUGUGCAGCGUUUCUUUGUGGCCGACACUGCCUCUGAGGCCUUGGAGGCCGCCAAGAGACUGAAUGCCAAAGAGAUAGUGCUGAAGGCACAGAUCCUGGCAGGAGGACGAGGAAAGGGGGUCUUUGACAGUGGCCUUAAAGGUGGCGUGCACUUAACUAAAGACCCCUCAGUGGUGGGUGAGCUAGCGAAAAAGAUGCUGGGAUUUAACUUAACCACAAAACAGACACCAAAGGAGGGAGUGAAAGUGAAAAUGGUGAUGGUGGCUGAGGCUUUGGAUAUCUCCAGGGAGACGUAUUUUGCCAUCCUCAUGGAUCGUUCCUGUAAUGGACCAGUCAUGGUGGGCAGCCCCCAGGGUGGCAUGGACAUCGAGGAAGUGGCCGCCAGCACCCCAGAGCUCAUAUUCAAGGAAGUCAUAGAUAUAUUCGAAGGGGUGCGAGACGACCAGGCGCUGCGUAUGGCGGCUAAUUUGGGCUUCAAAGGACCUCUGGAGAGACAGGCUGCAGAUCAGAUUAAGAGACUCUAUGAUCUGUUCUUGAAAGUCGACGCAACUCAAGUCGAAGUCAAUCCCCUUGGUGAGACUCCCGAAGGACAAGUUGUGUGCUUUGAUGCCAAAAUCAACUUCGAUGACAACGCGGAGUUCAGGCAGAAGGCCGUGUUUGCCAUGGACGACAUGACAGAGAGCGAUCCUCUGGAAACAGAAGCGGCAAAAUAUGAUCUGAAAUACAUUGGGUUAGAUGGAAACAUUGCUUGUUUCGUCAAUGGUGCUGGCCUCGCCAUGGCAACAUGUGACAUCAUCGACCUCCACGGAGGAAAACCUGCCAAUUUUCUGGAUUUGGGAGGUGGUGUGAAAGAAAACCAAGUGUACCAGGCUUUCAAACUUCUCACUGCAGACCCAAAGGUGGAGGCCAUCCUGGUGAAUAUUUUUGGUGGUAUUGUGAACUGUGCCAUUAUUGCCAAUGGCAUCACUAAGGCCUGCCGUGAGCUGGAGCUGAAAGUUCCCCUGGUGGUCAGACUGGAAGGGACCAACGUGCAGGAGGCUAAACGGAUCCUCUCAGAGAGCGGCUUGCCCAUCACUGCUGCCAACGACCUGGACGACGCAGCCAAGAAGGCCGUGGCUAGCAUCACCAAGAAGUAACAGCCUGCAGCUAAAUCUGCAUACGUGCAGACGCAGACGUAGACGGCCUUUAAGCCACACAGUGCCACAAGCCUCUCACAUGCGCACAGCCUGGGUCGUCAUGACUUCACACACACGCACGCACACACACACACACACACACACACACACACACACUCAUCCGUCUACUCAGCCCUUCCCAAUACAUGAGCCAUAAAUCAACCCAGACCACUCAUCCCCAAGUGCUCCAUUCGCCAUGUGUCUUCGGUUUUUUGUCUUCUUUGGGUUUUUCUUUUUUUUUUUUUUUUCAUGUUUUCAUCCCGUCCAGAUCUGUCAUCCGUGUCUUUCUUUUCUCUCUGUCAGUGCAUUCUCUCAGAACUGGGCUGGGUUACGUCCUUAUAACCGCUACGUGCAUUCCAAUACGAGUAAAGAGAUGUAAUAGUUCAUUGGUCUGUGGAUAUAAUGACCUUUUUUGCAUGGAAAACGAGACAAGUAAUACAGGCAAUGCUCUUGAUAAAGCUUUGUCCUAUUGAACUCUAACUGAAGGCUAAGAGAAAUGCUGUGACGUUGUCGUUAUUACUGUGAAAUACGCACCAGCCGUCAUACCGAUCUCCUCACACACUGCAGUGGCUCCAUUAAACACAACAAAACUCUGGAAAGUUCUCAGAAGCCUCUCCAAGUGUUUGUAAUCUCGCUCUCACACAGAGUGCUGAGGUGCUUACAGUGAUUUGCUUUGUUUCAGGUAAAAAUAUCUAAAGUUUUUAAUCAUUUAUGCCUUAAUGAAAGGUCGUUGGUUAAUAUUGCUCUUUGUAUUCAAUUAUAUGUGUACUCAGAUAUUCAUGUGCAAUGCUUGGUUGAUGAUUUCUUGUGUUUUGUUAUGAAGUGCUUUUUUCUUGUACAGCAUGACAGAUGGUUAUCUCUCUGCCUAUGUCACGUUAGAGUUAAGGAAAAAAAGGGGGGGGGGGGGGGUCCAACUUUCCUGCAAAUAUAUGACCACAUGUGACUAUACUCCUUUCUAAUACAAACAAGAUCAUUAGUGUAAUUUUUUUUUUUUUUUUAAUUAUGAAUGUAUUUUGAGAGU